GCUCUCGCGCUCCACUGCUGCCCGCUGCUCCAGCUGCUACCGCCGCUGUCUGGCUGCCGGUGUCUGCGUGCGUGCCCGCCUCCUCCUUUCCGCCGUCUGCCCCGGUCCAUGUAGGCUAGCAGUCGGACACCAUGACGGGGAUCGCCGCUGCCUCCUUCUUCUCCAACACCUGCCGUUUCGGGGGCUGCGGGCUCCACUUCGAGUCUCUGGCCGAGCUGAUCGUACACAUCGAGGAUAACCACAUCGACACGGAUCCUCGUGUCCUGGAGAAACAGGAGCUGCAGCAGCCCACCUACGUAGCCCUCAGUUACAUCAACAGGUUCAUGACGGAUGCGGCACGUCGUGAGCAUGAGUGUUUGAAGAAGAAGGUGCAGCCGAAACUCUCGCUGUCCCUGACGUCCUCCAUCGCUCGCGGCAACGUGGCCACGCCCCCACGACACACCAGUGGCAACCUCACUCCCCCCGUCACGCCGCCGAUCACCCCCUCAUCCUCAUUCAGGAGCAGCACACCCACAGGCAGUGAGUAUGACGAGGAGGAGGCGGACUUUGAGGAGUCGGACAGCGACGAGUCGUGGACGACGGAGAGCGCCAUCAGCUCUGAGUCAAUCCUCAGCUCCAUGUGCAUGAACGGCGGCGACGAGAAGCCCUUCGCUUGCCCUGUGCCUGGCUGCAAGAAGAGAUACAAGAAUGUGAACGGUAUUAAGUACCACGCUAAGAACGGGCACCGUACCCAGAUCCGCGUGCGGAAGCCGUUUAAGUGUCGCUGUGGGAAGAGCUACAAGACGUCUCAGGGUCUGCGCCACCACACCAUCAACUUCCACCCGCCUGUCUCCGCCGACAUCAUACGCAAGCUGCAGCAGUAGGCCCAUCGGCCGCGCGUCGCCGUGCCAACCAGCCACCCUGACCCCACCCCACCAUUCCACCCCCACCCCCAAAGAGGGCAUCUGCCAGCCUUCACAUUCUACCUCCUCUCUGAGGAACCACACACACACACACACACACACACACACAGUCUCUCACAAAAAUACACACUCACACCCAACACACACAUACGCAAAUAGUAAUUUGCGCAAACACACACACACCACCAUACACUACGUUUGCAUGCUUUAAGUCUCUUUAUCAGCAUUGGUUUUGCUCCUCUUCUGUUUUGAGAUGAUGUAUCUUCUUAUAGAGUUCACACUUUUGUAUUUUUGCACACUCUGCUAUCCCUUCUGCCGAUUAUUAUUUUCUUAUUGUUAUUGUUCUUUGAUAUUAUUUUUCCAACAUGGUGCUUAGCGUGAGGAAAGGUGGCGUGCAUUUAGCCAAGAGAUUUGUACCCCCACACCAAGUUCACCCACACUCAGAGAACAGGAGGGAGACACACACACACACACACACACACACACACACACACACACACACACACACACACACACACACAUAGUCCUUUCUGCCUGUUUGGUUUAUACUGAGUCAGCUGGUGUGGGGUGUAGUUGAAAGUAUUUGAAUGUUUUGUAUUAUAA